GGCGCUGAGGGGCGUUGCGGCGCGGCGGGGCAGCAUGAAGGCGCUGCUCCUCAGCCGCUUUCUCCUGCUGCUGCCCUGGGUGCUCGUCGUCGUCAUCGUGCUGGACAUCGACAGCAGCCGCGCGCCGCCGCCCGCGCCGGGACCCCGCGGCGGAGGGGGCGGCGGCAGCGGAGCCGGUGGCGGCGGCGGGGGGUCCCGGCCGGCGGCGGAGCGAGCGUCCCCCCCGCGGCGCCCCGAGGCCGCGCUGCCCACCAUCUAUGCCAUCACGCCCACGUACAGCCGCCCGGUGCAGAAGGCCGAGCUGACCCGGCUGGCCAACACCCUCCGGCAGGUGGCGCGGCUCCACUGGAUCCUGGUGGAGGACGCGGCGACGCGCAGCGAGCUGGUGAGCCGCUUCGUGGCGGGCGCCGGGCUGCCCUGCACGCACCUGCACGUCCCCACGCCGCGCCGCUACAAACGGCCCGGGCUGCCCCGCGCCACCGAGCAGCGCAACGCCGGCCUGGCCUGGCUGCGGCAGCGGCACCAGCACCUGCCGGCCCCUCAGCCCGGCGUGCUCUUCUUCGCCGACGACGACAACACCUACAGCCUGGAGCUCUUCCACGAGAUGCGCACAACCCGUAAGGUGUCGGUGUGGCCCGUGGGGCUGGUCGGGGGACGGCGGUACGAGCGCCCGGUCGUGGAGAAUGGCAAGGUUGUCGGGUGGUACACGGGCUGGAGAGCUGACAGACCCUUCGCCAUCGACAUGGCCGGAUUUGCUGUCAGCCUUCAGGUGAUUCUGUCACAUCCAAAGGCCGUAUUCAAGCGUCGCGGCUCUCAGCCAGGAAUGCAAGAAUCUGAUUUUCUGAAACAGAUAACAACAGUGGAGGAACUGGAGCCAAAAGCAAACAACUGCACAAAGGUUCUCGUAUGGCACACACGAACAGAAAAGGUCAAUCUAGCUAAUGAGCCAAAAUAUCAUCUGGACACAGUCAACAUUGAGGUAUGAUCCUGCAACGAGUCACACAGUGCAGCGGAUGCGUUGGAAAGUGCUCCAAUUCGGCCCCCUGCAACAGCCUACAGGUGUGAGAUUUUUAGGUCACCCCGUGGACUUCUGUGGAAACAAAAGAAAGUUGUCAGAUAUUCUAUUAAGCAAAUCAAAUGGGUGUGCUUUGUUCUAACUUGUUUGCAUGCAUUUCUGAACUCAUCUUAAUAAACUGACACUUACCUUUGCUGUAAGGCUGUUUCCACAUAGUAAAAACAAUCAAUCAAUCGAAACAUGACUGCAAUGGAAUACUGUCAAAAUCAUCAUGUAUGUAUAUAGGUUUUGUAUUUAUCCAGCUUAGUGGUAUAAUUAUAAAUUGAUUUUAAAUCAUGAACUGUUGAUCUAAAUAUUUGCAUAAAUAGAUCCUCCAAAUCGAACAUGCUUUCCUUCAUUAAAAUCAGACUUAAAGAAAUAGCUGUCAAAUAGUUAUACAGUAAUGAAAUAAAAACCCACAAUCA